AUGGUCAGCUCGUGUUGUGGCUCCACCUGCUGCCGCCCCAGCUGCUGCCAGCCCACCUGCUGCCGGACCACCUGCUGCCGCCCCAGCUGCUGCCGCCCCCGAUGCUGCCAGUCUGUGUGCUCCCAGCCCACUUGCUGCCGCCCCAUCUGCUGCCACCCCAUCUGCUGCAGGCCCAGCUGCCACAGGCCCCAGUGCUGCCAGCCCAGCUGCUGCCAGCCCUCCUGCUGCCGCCCCAGCUGCUGUGUGUCCAGCUGCUGCCGCCCCCGGUGCUGCCAGUCUGUGUGCUGUCAGCCCACCUGCUGCCGCCCCUCCUGCUGUGGUUCCAUUUGUGGUUCUAGCUGCUGCAGGCCCAGCUGCUGCAUCUCUAGCGGCUGCAGGCCCCCGUGUUCCCAGCCCUCCUUCUGUGGCUCCAGCCCCUGUGGCUCCAGCUGCUGCCGCCCCUGCUGCUGCCUGCGCCCUGUCUGUGGCCGGGUCUCCUGCCACACCACUUGCUACCGCCCCACCUGUGUCAUCUCCACCUGCCCCCGCCCCACAUGCUGUGCCUCCUCCUGCUGCUGA